CGCGAUGACAGAUGAGCAUAGUCCAAAAUACCGUGUACAGUAUCAGCUGAGUUUUGUUGUUUUUUUUUGUUAUUCAAUAAAGUGCGAUAGUUCAUGGCGAAAAUCAUUGACGAGCAACGGUUGAUGUUACCAGAAUGUGACACGUACAAAUUGGUUUUAGAUAUGGCUUUCGGCGAUGACGAAAAGUCUCGCGAAAUAUUUCUUUGUGUCGACGACCAAUUCUGUGAUACAAGUGUUCUUGCUGCUGAUGAUCUAACAAGUAGGAGGCGUUUGUUUAUGUUAACAUUUGUUGGGCGGCAGCAUUUCUUUGAAAAAUUGGUUCACUUGGAUUAUGCAUUUCAAAUGAACUUUUCAAACGAAGGGCUACGGAGAACCUCCUUCUUGAUGCAACUGUUGUGUAAUGUGAACCUGCCGAUAACCGAACACCAGCGGUUGGUUAAAGAAAUCAUCCAAUUUCCAAUCAACUUCACAAACAAUUGUCUCAGACGGAAUCUGUUCAACGAAGCGCAGCGAUUGUUGACUUUAAGUGAAUUGUUUGCCUCUCAUAUUCCGAAUAUUAAGUUGAUAUUUUAUGGUUCUAAGUUUAAUGUUAUCGACAUUCUAUACGAGCAUGUGGAUUUAUCAAACGACUCACAAUCGGUGCUAUCAAUACUGGAGGAGAACAGAAAGUACAAUCAACGAUUCGACCUAUUCGGUAAUGAAACAGCAAAUCAGUUGACGGAACUGGAGUUGUAUAAUCAAUUUUUGGUCGUUAAACUGCUGCUGGAGGUGAUUAUGGACAAUCAACAGUUUACCGAGCUAACUGAAUCGUCUGUGAUGAAACUCAGCAAAGUGAAAACGUUACUCAAUUGCAUCCAGUCCAUUGAACAGUUGACCAGCAUUCUAGAAGUGGCUUUCUCGUUGAUUUUCGUUCGCUGGGACAAUAUCCCCCAAAACAGCGAUCCAGUUGAAAUAGACCUGAUCGUCGACGAAUCGGGUAGCGAGAGCAUAAAAUUUCCGCGAAAAAACUCAGAUCGAUCGGACAAAACCGCAUUCAUUUGUAGUGCUGUCGUACUAGACAGCAUUUUAAAUUUGUUGAAGGAUGUCGCCACCGAUGUUAUUGAUUCUCAUGCAGUGGUCGACAAUUCGAAGGGGAAAUUCAGGCUCCGACUGCUGAGCAACAUAAAUGACGCACAUUGGAGGACUACGCUAUUUAAUUCAAUCUCUACUGUGGCAGGAAGCCGAUCCGCAUCCAUUACCGGCGACGACGUUCAAAAUUAUUUCAGUCGUCACCAGGUUCGAAAGAAUUUGAACGGCAGCAGUGAAGACGAAGACCGCCGUAAUCAACAGUCGAUAUCUACAUAUCGAAGGAAAACGCGGAAGAAAAAUUCAUUGCGUAAAUCAACUCAUGAUAAGCCCUGGGCGCCCGUAAAUUCUACAGAACAGGAACAACGCAGUGAUAGGAGUAUAUCCGGCCGAGAACGGCGGUGUCCGGUUAGCAGAUUAUUCGGAUCGCCGGAACAGUUGGCUACCGUUUGUUUGAACAUGGGGAACUUUGAAGCAACCAAAGAAAUUGUCGAGGCAAACGAUUUGGAAAACUCCUUACCAUCCACAGAGCUUCAAUUCAUGGAAAACUACAACGCCAUCAAACAAAAACUUCUUUCAAUCUUCAACAAAUACAGCAAUUUAGAAACGACUGAUUCCGAACUUAAUGUUGGUGUAGUGGAGCGGUUGAAAGCAGCUGCCACAAUCGGCUUCGAAGCAUCCCAAGCACAAGACAUUAUAACGUCAUUUGCAACGGAAAAUGAAUUUCAUGUCAGCGACGAGACACGCAAUCUCAUGCGGAAACUUCAUCGUCAGUAUCCGUUUCUGGAAACGUUUAGUGGUUCCGCUCUACUGGCGUCCAUUUCUGCUGACUUGAUGAUCAGCCUCACCAACAGCUACGAGAUGUGUUUCAACAUUUUCAAUAUGCUGAACAAGUUAUGGGUCGAUCCACGUUGGUUGGACGAGGACAACAUCACCUUCGGCUACUUGAAAUUCACCAAAAAUAUUUGCGAAUGUUUGCAACUCUACCAGUCGAUUCGCGGCGACAAUUUCGGCGUACGAGAACUCAUGUGCAAAGAAAGCUAUGUUCUAAUACCGGUCGACUUGAAAGUGAACUUGAAUGGCGAAGAUGUAAUGAAGAGCUUACAAUGUCUUACGGUGAACGAUAUCGAUUCGGUGGCAAAGUGGAAAGAUCUGCUGAAACCAAUGGAAAGAAUGCGCGGCGACGUGAACUAUUUCCAACGUUGCUACAAUUUCGUGGUGAAUUUAAUAGAAUUGCUGAGGAUGCAUCCAACGAAUAGCGACGCAAUGCCUUUGGAUGCAAUGGAAGUGGAUGUGACGGCAGUGAUUGGCGAUAUUGUGUUCUUGAGCGCUAAAUCUCCAUUUGAUAUUGUUGAAAUUGUUGAAAAUUUGAACGUGAACUUUGUGUACGUUUCGUGUCUGAACAUGAUACCAGUGAUACCGUACUGUGAACCGAGCGACAGUGCUGUGACUGAUAGUUUUAUAGAAAAUUUACGGAACGAUAAACUGUCCGCCGGUAACUCGAUUGAAAAACCGUUCUAUCGCCUCAACAGUGAAGUGUUCAAUUUUGUUAGGAAAAAUAAUUAUUUGGUUGCGCAUUUGAUUCAAGAGUUCGAUUGUGUGUUAAAUGGAAAGGCUGUGUACGAACAAAAAUAUUUGAAGAGUUUCAUGGCUGUGGAUGAGGUUAAAACGGUUGCUGUGAUGUAUGACAAUAGUUUAUUGCUUUCAGCGUUGAACUAUGACACAAUCGAUAUGGACAAAUUGGAAAAGUAUCUGAUCAACAGCGGAAGUUACGGAAAUGCCAACCUUAUCAUUCAAAACUGCAGUGAUCGAUCACUUUGGAUCAAGGGGAACCGACUGAAGACUCUCCACGAUGUACUGAUAGCAAAACUGUUACUAAAAAAUGAAAGCGGUAGCAGCAAUAACACCAUCUGUGAUUUGAUUGAGUGCAUAAACGACGUGAAUGUUAAAUCGAAACAUUUGUUGGAAAACAUUCUAUCCAUCGAAUCUAGUAACAUGGUAAAACGGCUCAUUCAAUCGAUUCUUUUGAAUAAAAACGUUUUGAAGUUGGAAGAAUCGUUCAAAGUCAAGCUGCACGAAUGGUUGCAAAACAUUCGAAUCUAUGAAGCUGUGGCAGACAGAAUGUGUUGCGCUAAUUGGGUGGAAAGCAGAGAACUGAGCAUCCAUUCGUCGGAGUCAAUUUUAAAGUGUUUGACGGGUGCGGGAGAAUUCAAUUUAUGUUUGGCUUGGUUGAAAAUGCAUCCGUUGGCCGAAUGUCCGAGAAAAUUUCCGGUUUUUUCGAAAAUUUUCAGCGACAUAAUUUUGGCCGCCUCGAAACUGAAUAGAAUGAUGUUCAAGGUCGUUGAAACGCUUCCACUGAACGCCGUCCUGCAAUUCUAUGACACUCUCCUGACUGAAUUGCGAAGCUUAGAAUCACUAGAGUACAUUGUCGACUUUCUCACAGCUCACUCAUUGCAAGCGUUCACCUAUCGUCGAUUUCGAAUUUCGUUGAAAAUAUUCGGUCAAAUGACAGAAGAAGAGCAAAAUACAAAUUGGGGGCUGUUCAACACACCACUCAUGAUCAUCGAACAAUGUUUGAUGAAUUCCCGGCACGAAGCCAUGUCAGCGUUCCUAUCCAGCAUUAAACCCAUCAUCAGUCAGUCACCAUGCACAUACUGCCUAGAUCGUAGGAACGGUUCAUACGAUGCGAAAAAUAGUAGCGAUCCGGACUUUCAAAUCUCCUCACCUAAGAAUGACUUUAGUCACAGGGAGCAUUCGCUCAGCAACCAUUGCAUUGACUCGCUGCUCAAAACCUAUGCAUCGAAAGCACUGGACUUUCGCGUCAGUGAAACACAUUCGCACUGCAGUAACGAUAUGUUGACCCAUUCAAUGUCCAGUCUAGAUUCACUUUGCGGCUCGUUUGUAAUGCCUAAGGUAGCACCCUAUCGCUCACUUUGGGUCAAAGACGAAGAUGCUUCACAUUGCAUGUGCUGUCGCCGAUCCGCUUUUACAAUGCUCUGUCGCCGACACCAUUGUCGACGCUGCGGUCGAGUCGUGUGUCACGUGUGCUCCAAGAAACGAAUCGAAAUACCCGAAUUAUAUGAUGAUGUCCAUGUCCGAUCUUGUGACGAUUGCUAUAAGCAAAUGCAGAACUUCAACCAGAAAAAGUCUUCAAUUCAAAGCUUACCUACGACUGCCACAGUCAACGGAAAAGUUCGUGAUGCAGUCGUCGCUAUAUGGCAAUUUAGCGGCAAUAAAAAACACGACAAUUUACUGCGUGAAGAAUUCUGCUUCGAAUAUGCGCCGAGUGUGUCGCUCUGCCUGAGCAUUCUACAGUUCUACUCCUCCGAUGCAGAUUGUGUGAAUUUCUUGCUGCAUCAUUGCCAAAAAUUCGAAUCGUUGCUGCGACCAAUUCAACCCGGUUAUCCGAAUCCGGAAAUCGAUUACGCCCUAGUAACUCGCAUGAUGCAUUGCUUGGCUUUAGCUGCAAAGGUUCGAGGCGGUCCGCCGGAAUGCGAUACGAUACGCGACCACGGUGAAAUAAUCCAGUCAAUCGUCCAUCAUGGUUGUGAGUCGCUGAUGCCACCGGAACCCCCGAAUAGUUCAUCAUUUCGCACAUUGAGAGAUUCGUUGAUUUUAGCCGAAAAAUGGCCGUUGGCAUUUGAAUUGUCCUUGAAAUGUGGCUUAUCGACAAUAGGAACAGUGGCUGCUUGGGCUAUUGCAUGUCUUCGAGCAGGCUGCUUUGAUACAGCUCGCGAAAAAUUUUCUCAUUGCCUGGCAAAAACUGGCACCGACGACGAAACAUCACACCUAACAUCGCUGAUACUGCAAGAAAGUACAGGCGACCUAUCCGAAUGGAACGAUUCACCGAAAAUCAAGCGGCCAACCAAAAGUCCGCCGCUUUUGGACGAAAUUAUCAGCACCUUGGAAUUGACAUGUCGUACCCAUCAACCAGAAGUGAUCGCCAGAGCGAGCGUCAUUAAAGACUCGAACACGUCGCUCGCAUCGAAUCUUUCAAAGAAACGGGAAAAGAUUCCGCUCCAUGAACCUGCAUUGAAUGUAAUGCACACGUUGACGAACUUGAAAAAUAUUGCCCGCGGGAUCUACCAUGGCAGUAGAAGUGGAAAAAAUUCGUCUGCCGAUGAAUCGACGAACAGUAGACAGGCGAUUAAAAGUUCGCGGUUGUACGACGAAUGUUUGUACUAUCUGACGCGAUACGGUAGUCACAACAGCAUAUUGGCCUUUCUGAUUAAAAACGAUCGACUGGCGACGGCGUUAAAAUAUUUCCUCUAUGAAAAUGUGGAUUCCGACUCCUUUAUCAAUCUAAUUUUUUUGCCGUUCCUAAAAGCCGGUAAAGUUGACACCAUCAUCAACUUGUUGAUGACCAUGGACAACACCCUGUUGAUCUGGAAAGAUGUGAUCAUCAAAACGUGCUGUUACCUGGAACCCAAAGCCUUGCUCAAUUCCCUCUACCAUUUGCAAGUUCUGCUCAAGGACCCGGUACGAGCGAGCAUGACAUGCGUAAAAUUUUACUCGAUGAACUGUUCAACGUAUGUGGAGCUGCAAAACAACACGUUCCAUUUGAUCAACGCGCAAAAGCAUUUGCAAAUGGAGCUUGAACUGUGUCAGUGGGAAGAGAUACCCAGCAUUCCCGCUUUCGAAUACGAGCAAUCGAUUCUGAUGAAAAUGGAUUCGCGCACGCUGAACAGUCACAUCAAUACGAUUUUGCGGCAAAUUGAGGUCACAAAAUUCCUAUCGAUAUGCGAACAGAAUGGAUGCGAUACGAUGGCAUUGCUGGCGAAAAUAUCGGCUGAAUUCAGCAAGAUACCGACACUGUUUGGAACAUUACAGGAGAAAAUUCAAUUGGCUGUGCUGACUAUUAUCGCUGGCAGUAAUAUCAAUGCCGGAUUCGGAUUGGCAUUUCGAAUAAUCCAAGAUUUCAACCUGAGCCCGAUAAAGGUAUAUGGCAUCACGGCCAAAUACCUCUCUGGCCAAAGUCGAUUGGACAAUGUCGAAACACUAAUCGAGAACAUCAAAAGUGACAGCGACAGUAAUGAAGCCCUAUGCGACGAAAUCAUAUCGUUAGCCGUGCACACGGCCGUUGCGUCGCUUCAGCUAAACGCUCCGAUAAAACAAUUGAUAGGCCAGCCGAUUGAGUUGCUGCUUCGACAUGUCACUGAUAUUGGCAUUAAAAUUAGCUGUCACAUAGCUGGUGGACAAUUGAAGUCAGCCUAUCUGCUGGCGGUACAGUACAACCGAUACAACGAUGUGAGAAAGGUGCUACGCAAAGCGGAACAGACCAACCAGCAACACAUUAAGAAAUUGUGCGAAAAGAAACUGAAUGCUCAUAGAGAUCAAUAAUUAUUUAUUUAUUUUAUUUCCCUUUUCCAUAUAACUCUUGCUUUUCUGUCUAUUUUAAGUUACAUUUUUGGUGAUUUUAUGUAAUAAAAAUAUUUUUGUAAA